UGCAGAAACCAUAGAGGGACGAGAAAAUGUUCGAACGGGGGACGCGACGCGGGAGAUGCAGGCGAAGCGGAAUUACCACCAUCGAGUAUGGAGCAGGCGACGGUGGCCCUCCUUCCCUCCCCCGCGCCCACCCCCCCGCCCCGUUCACCCCGUGGUUAGCCUUGCUCAUGCAUGGUCUAGGGGUGCCCGCGUGACGUCAGAGAACGGCGCCGGCGCCGAGUGAAGAUUCUAACACCGGCACGCAUCCGAGGCGCGUCGAAACGACAGGUAGGCGACCCUCGCUCGCAAACCUGGCUCGGCUUGACUCACUCGAGUUCUCGUCAUGGGAGUGGUGAAGACUGCGUCCGAGAGUAUCCUCGAAGAAACUGUGAUACCCAGCGAGGAGGCUAAUCACUCUCUCCAGGGGCAUGCCGAGGAGUGGACCGGCAGCUUUCCUUACCAAUUAUUGAUAGGAGUCGGGGUUGGACUGAUGGCACUGGUUCUGUUGGCCGCUGCCAGUUUUCAGUGUUCGGCAACUUGGCGUUGGCUGAUGGGUGUCUCCAGGAACAACAACGACGAAGAUGCCGACGGAGAUAUUUCUCGUCACAAUGCCAUUCGUAUCAGUCACUCUCUACCGGAUCUACAGUCCGAGCCGAUCACCCACGAAUACGUGCAGGAGCAGAAGGAUAAUAAAAAGCAGGUGCUGCGACAAACUACCCUUCCGAUAGUUCCGAUGCGUCAUCAGACCUUCCAGCGUCAAUUAUCCCACCGUCUGGAUUUACCGAACAUAAAAUUCAGCAUCUGCAGUCUCGAGAAUCGGAGCGAUUCUAGCCUUGGACUUUUGAAGCCGGAGUUGUACAAGAAAGAUUUAACGCGGCAAGCCAGUACGGAAAGUUCAAGUACGGUAGAAAUGGAAUACUCCGGAAAACUUCAUUUCGCUCUCCGAUACGACAAGGAGUUCGAAGGUCUCGUUGUGAAGGUUUUGGAAGCGCGAGAAUUGCCAAUCAAAGACGUGACCGGUAGCAGCGAUCCGUACGUCAAGGUUUAUCUCCUUCCUGACAGAAAGAAGAAAUUCCAAACCAAGGUCCAUCGAAAAAAUCUGAAUCCCAUCUUCAACGAGACAUUUAUUUUCAGCGUUCCACACGAUGAUCUCAGAGAACGAUACCUUCAAUUUUCGGUGUACGAUUUCGACAGAUUUUCAAAACACGAUCUGAUCGGUCAAGUGGUUCUCAGAGAACUUCUCGACUGCACGGAUCUUGAACAAGAAAUUGAAUACACGAUGGACAUUCUCUGCGCUCUUCAGGAACCAGUUGACCGCGGUGAAUUGAUGCUGUCACUAUGCUACCUUCCAACCGCAGGACGAUUGACACUGACAGUCAUCAAGGGGCGUAAUCUGAAAGCCAUGGACAUCACUGGGUCGUCUGAUCCGUACGUGAAGGUCUAUCUACUCUGCCAGGGCAAACGAAUCAAGAAAAAGAAAACAACGGUUAAGAAAAAAACGCUCUGCCCUGUCUACAAUGAAGCCCUCGUUUUCGACGUGCCGGCAGAGAAUGUUGAGGAGGUCAGCCUUGUAGUGAAAGUUCUCGAUUACGAUAGAAUCGGACCGAACGAACUUAUGGGGUGUACAGCAAUAGGUGCCAGUUUCAUCGGAAUCGGUCGCGAUCACUGGCUCGAAAUGCUGGAUAAUCCGAGAAAACCUGUCGCUCAAUGGUAUCCACUCCAUGAAACGGUUGCUGGACACAUUCCGGUUGUCACAUCAGAGCCACUUCCCGUCAGCUUAAGCUGUUUGAAUAGCAGAUGAAGAAAAAACGUUUAAAAUGCAUCAGGGGUUGCGUGGCUAUCGAAAAUUCUAUCUACCUAGCGUCGUUGAUUGGUUUGAGAUCGUCUCUUUCGGUCAUUUGCUGCACUCUACGCACGUCAAAAAUUGACCGAUUUGUAUGGGAAGCAAAAGGAUUAAACAAUCGAUUCUUUGACACUGUGGUCAAGCAGAGUGACACAAGGACUCCGGGUCAACGCAGCAAUAUGAAGAGCAUGAAGAGAAUUGCGUAAUAGUUAUUCGAUUAUUGAUAUAAUCAUUCUUCCUCCGUGAUAAAUUUGAUAAUUAUAUUAAAAACACAUGUCUAUUUCUAUCGCAAUCUCCUACAUAAUACACAGAGAAAGCUGACGUUUGGAUUUCAAUCAACCAAACGUCUAAUUGAAUUGAUCCCAGUUCGAGGCCAAUUUGAAAAAUUAUGUCCGGGAGGGGGAGGGGGGGGGGGGGGAUCGGGAAAAAAUUACGAUCUGGCGUCCUAACUACUUUAAUCUAUUGUUAAAGAUAGCAGGAUACCAAGAUCCUAUCAUUUCAAAAUAAACUUCCUGUAAAUCUGUCAAUGUGAUAUACAUACAUUAUACAUAUGAUACAUAAUGGUAUAUAUAGGUACAUUAUUAGGGUGAGUCGUAGAAGGGCUUCAGUUUUAUGUUUGAUCUCCAAUUAUGUCAAACCUUAGUGCACAACUCCAAUAAAGUCCUUAUCCAAGUAGAACCCAGCAGAUCAAGUCAAGAGGGGCUCAAUCGGAUUUCAUUUUUUCCCAUAUGAGUGACAUGUGCCAGCUGAGAUUUUGGUAGACGACUUGCGAUAACUAUAUCGAAUCAUAAACCAAUCUAUAUUGAACGCAAAUAAUUUGUAUGUAACUAUUUUGUUGAUUGCAUGAUUUGUUCACAUAGGAUCUACACUACUUUUUAUUAUCCGAUAGGGGUUUGUUCACAUUUCGACAUAAUCGUUUCAAGUUGAAUACCAAAAUAACAGCCAAGUGGGAUGAACAAAAUUUGAUCGAGCAAGCCUUUAAACUUGACCCAUCAAGCUCCACUUGAAGGAAAACUCUUUUUCGAUCAUAAACUAAGAUUUGACAGGGCUGGAAAUCAAAACUAACAAUGAAUCUUCUGUCGACAUAAAGGCCCUAGAUGCGUGAUAUACAUAGGUAUAUACAUACUAAUAUACAGACAUAUACUGUUACAAUUUCAACUUUUAUGAAACUCAAAGUCAAAAUUGAAACUUGAAUGAAUUCGUUGUUGGUCGAAUCGACUAAUUUAUUUCGUUACGGUUUUAUUAUGUUCGUUGAAUUAAUUUUUUUUCCCUUUUUUCAAUAACAUACGAGCAUCAAUAUUCGGGACUAUCCGAGAUCUAGAUUUUGACAAAUUGAAUGAAUUUUAAUAAUUUUUCCCCAGAAUAUUCGUCGGAUCGGUUAACAUACAACAGAUGACAUUAUUUUAAUUAUUUAAUCAGUGAAUUGAUUAAUUUUUGGUAUACUUACGGUAGCGUCGCCGGAUACUCAUAGAGUUUGGGAAAAUUAUUUAGCAAUUGACAUUUCACUACAUGGGAGUGAUUGUAAUUCAAAUUCAGUGCAGUACUCUACGUCACAUCAGAACAAUUUUAUUUAUAUUUUAAUAGAUUUAUAAAACUAUAGAUUGUGAUUAGAUAUCGGUGCGGCUAUCGCUUUAAGUUCAUCAAACUUAAUCUUUAUAAAAUGUUUCAUUAAAAAAAACUGUUCUCAAAUAUUUAUUCGAAUCGUAAUUUACAAGAGUAAUUUCUAUUACUCAAUUCUGAAUUUAUUUUAGGGUAAGAAAUUUUAUAUUCCGCCGCAGGGUUUUUCCCACUGUUCAGAAUUUGAGAAAAAGGAUAAUGACGUUAUAUUACGCUUUCUUUAUCUUUCAUAGAACAUGUAAGUAAUAGUUGUAUUUACAGGACAUUUCUCGAUUAUGCUUUUCAAUUAUGACGAUCGUGUCAAAAAAACUUAAUUGAUUGACUGAAUUAGAAAAAGUGAAGAAGACUCUGCUUCGUAUAGCUGUCAUUCCUUUUCUUCACUCGUUCCUUUUAUUACGGAAAAGCAAGUGCAACUUGGCCCAAAAUUAGCACCAGGGAAGCCAAAAAUAUGUAUUUUUCUGAGACACCUGGGUGACCAACAAGUAGUAUUUAUUUAUUUAUUGAUUCAUUUAUUCAAAUAUUUCUAUGGAUUUAUUUUUUACUUAUUUAAUAUUUUCUCGAAUAUUUAUAACAUUUUACAAUGAUAUAUUUUUUAUCAGAAAAUAUUCUUAUUACUACACUUAUGCUAGAAUAAUACCGGUUAGUAUACAUAUAUAACUGAGUAAAUAUGUCGUAAUUGAAGGAUCUACACAGUGUUAAUGAUAAUAAUGAACAGUGUUACCUGUUUCUGACUGAUCACCCAUCCCAUGCUAAGGAAACUGAUUAUGAACAAUUGAGUGAAUUGUACAAUCUGGUAAAAUAUACCACCUUUCAUAAUAAUCAGAAUCCUUAUUAUGAUCAAUGUUAAACGUGUAAUUAACGUAAUCGAUUUAUAAAAUGCUUCAUCAUUCAUGAAAUUUGUGUGAUUGGAUUAUAAAACAGGGUUGCACCAUUAAUUUAUCAUUGGUUCUUGCUCUGAUGGCAAAUUCAAUCCAUUUGAUUAUUCAAAAAGUUCGAUUUCUAGUUAUCGAGAUUAGACUUAUCUAUGAACAAUGACUCGGGUCGGUCGACGUCAUAUUUCCAACCCUUGCAUAUCAUAAUAAUACCCUAUGUAAUAGACAUGUUGCAGAAAUUGCACAAGUAGAAGCUUUGUGAUCCAAAGAGAUCAAGAAAAGGAAGAAAUAUACAUAGAGGAAAUUAACGUACAUUGGACCACUAACUGAACUGGACCUAUUUGUAGUAAAGUAUGGGGCAAGUUGUCUAAUUUACCUAUUGGGUUCCAAUACACCCUACUUUCCUUUAUAAGGUGGACCUGAUAUCGAUUGAAAGAUUUUAGUAACUCGGAGUUGAUCCAGUCGGCUUCAAACUUUAAAUUCUAGAAAAAAAAUCGCCAAUUGCCCUGUAAUUCAACAAAAGAGACACUUCUACGAAACUUUUCACAAGCAACAGAUUUCAUUGCCAUGAUUCACUCAAUAUUUCACGACUUUACAUAUAUUUGUAUAUACAUACAUAUAUACUAUAUACUUCGCAUAGGGUGUCUCAUUGAAAAGAGUGAUUCUAUUAGUUCGGAAACUAUUCAUCGUAUCGGAAAAUCGAUCAGAGGGUUGUUCUCGAGGUGGACAUCGCAUGAUGAAAUUAUUUUAAAUUGAGUGGCCAACUGUCUUGUUAAAAUUAGAAUAAAAGUCAUUUUUUCAGAAUGAAAAAUAAAUCAGAUUUACAAGAUGAAAGUUAUUCGAAUUUUUCGAAAAUGGCACGAGCCAGCAUCAAACUGUUCCAUUAUUCAGUGUAUCCCUCGAGACAAUUAGAUCUGACCUAUUUUCCGAUAUUUGAUGAAUGGUUUUGACAAUAACCGAAUCCCUCUUUCUAAUGGUACACCCUACAUACUGUUAAUACAUAUGAAACAUAUUGUUACUGUUUACGUAAGUUUUUCCGAGGUUCAAAGAAAAGUUCGAUAUAUUGAGUUUCCUGUUAUGAAAUUCUUGUUACUCCAGAACAAGAUAAAUACAUAUAAAUAUAAGUAAAAAGAUAGUAUAUGUAUAAGGGAUGUGAAUUUCGUAUUCAUAAAUGAUAAUGAUGAAGACGAUCUAUGAGGCUUGAAUGUAUAUACUUUGUUCGUAUAUUAAAUUAUGUGUAAAUAUAUACAUGAAUGUAUAUAAAAAGAAAAGGAGAAAAAAACCCAAGAAACGUUGGUCACAUGAUUGGAAGUGGAUUAGCCGCUGUGCACCUUCUGCGUGAAAGCUCAUUCAGUCUAAUUAUAACGAUAUGAAUGAUAAUUUUAAUAAUAGUUAUAAUGAAGGGUUGUUGCCCCAUGAAAUUCCACAUUUACAUAUGUUCGUUUGUUGCAAAUGUUGAUAUAGUUAUCUAGAUCCAAAACUUGAUAAAAAAUAUUAUAUCAUUCAGAAAACUACGUGUAAUCGAUCUGUAUAAAAGCUCUCUUUGUAACAAUAAAUGCUAAACCUGAGAGUUGUAAAAUCACAGCUGCAUACAAAUCUAAUAUUAUCUCUAGUCAGUACAACUGAAACUAUAUUGCGUAUCUGUCACUACUAUAAACUGCUUUGUGAACUGUACUUGUUUAAAAUACAUGCAGUAGUAAGUGUUCAACAGAGAGAAAAACAGAUUUAAAAAUAAUACCAUCAUGAAAAAUUCAAGUCAAUGUCAACGGCAUAUGAAAGUUGUUCAACACUAAUCAGAGAAGGAAUAAAUGUAUGCAGUGAUCAUGCGUUAACUUGUGUCUCACAAUCUUAAAUAACUGCUGUCAAAUUAUGCGUUUUAUAAGUAGCCGAUGUCGCGAAAGCCCACCCGUUGAGCAGAUUGCUUUAAAUGUACAGAUAAUAAAUGAUUGACUUCACUUCUGAAAUACCACGAAAGUUAUUAUAGAUAGUUGGAAAAAAUUCUCUGAUAUAUAUUACAUCACAAGUAAAUAAGUUUUACAUGUAUUGCCAUUUAAUGAUACACCUAGAAUAGAUCCUACAAACACAAGAAUGGAGCAUCGUCCUCUGCAAUAAUCCUUGUAGAAAAGUCAAUGUUAUACAAACGAAUUUUCGACUACUCGCAGUUCACGUCGAACAUACCUAAAUGAUAAUUCUGUAAAGUUCGAAUAUACAUUUUUCAGUUAAAUACAUACGGAGAAAUUUA